UUUGAUAGAGGAGAGAGUGAGUAAUGGCGAAAUGGCGAAAUGGCGAAAUGGGUUUGAAGGGAGUGUGUUCAAAUGUGAUUCGCCCAGCAAGGCCGCGCGGUUACGGCGCUUAGGCGCCGUGCAGAGUGCUGCCAGUGGCGCCCGUCUGUAGGCCAGGUUUCCCUCCACCUUUUGCAAUAAAUGUGGCGAAUGGAAAACAGGGAUAAGCUUGUUGCUCAAACCACUGACCUGGGUUCACGUGAACAACCCAUCUCUAUUCCUCUCCAAAAGGAUGAAGGCACAGCUGGGAUAACUGAGGAGGGGGAGCAAGUUCAUCAAUGGAAGCGGCCGAAUCUUGUCCUCGAGAUACCGUCUCGAACGCCCGAAUCGUCGCCUCAAGAUUACCAUGCUAUAAAGAUGCCUCAAACUCCUAGGAAAGUGAAUUUCCUCUUGACACCAAGCCCCUCAGAUGUGAGAAUUAAUGGAUCUGGAUCACCUGGUCCAUCUUCAUCCAGAGGCAAAACAUCUAUAAGAAGUUUAUUUCCUAAGUUGAGCUUUAUCCAUAGAAGUUCUUCAGAUGUUGAGAAGAUUACCAACCUUGCCCUUGAAGGUUCAUCCAAUGGGGCACAAGAGAAGCCUUCAAUAUCUAGGUCCUUGUCUCUUACAAAGAUAUUCACACCUAGGAUAAAGAGGACUUCUUCACUACCUGUUACUCCCAUCGUUCAUUCGAAUCCCGAAUCAGCACACGGUGGAAGCAGAGGAGGCGCUGUCAACCUCACUGGAAAAGGAGUUCAACGACAAAUAUCUCGCUCUCUUUCGGUCCCUGUGAACGAUAAGGAGAGAAGCUUGGGGAGGAUGGAUUCGUUUUUCCGUGUAAUUCCUUCUACACCACUUGUGAAGGGAGGGAGUGGAAAGCUAAACUCACCCAUAGAGGAAGCUGAAGAAGAUAAUGCUGGUGAAGAUAUACCUGAAGACGAGGCUGUUUGUAGAAUCUGUAUGGUCGAGUUAUGUGAAGGCGGCGAGACGCUAAAGAUGGAAUGCAGCUGCAAGGGUGAACUUGCUUUGGCUCAUAAGGACUGUGCCAUCAAAUGGUUCAGCAUCAAGGGCAACAAGACAUGUGAUAUUUGCAAGGAAGAGGUCCGAAACUUACCCGUUACUCUGUUACGGAUCCAAAGUAUUCGAGCUCGGGGCACCGGAGCAAUCAGAGCUCUGCAGGAAGAUGUCAAUGGAUACAGGGUCUGGCAGGAAGUUCCCGUGCUCGUCAUCGUGAGCAUGCUUGCCUAUUUCUGUUUUCUCGAGCAACUUCUGGUCAGUAAAAUGGGUAGCGGUGCAAUCGCGAUAUCCCUGCCUUUUUCUUGUGUACUUGGACUACUAUCAUCCAUGACCUCAUCAACUAUGGUUAAGAGAAGAUUCGUCUGGGUUUACGCCUCAUUUCAGUUCGCGCUUGUUGUUCUCUUUGCACAUAUCUUUUACUCCGUGGUUGGCAUUCAAGCAGUUCUGUCGAUUCUUCUCGCAACUUUUACCGGUUUCGGUGUCGUGAUGAGCGGUACCUCAAUCCUAGUUGAGUUCAUCAGAUGGAGAAGAAGAUGGCAAGCUUCAUUGGAGCAACAUCAAAUGCAGAUGAUCACUCGACCGGGCCAAUUUCCCAGAACAUCAAAUGUAUCACAGAUGAACCGUCCAGGCUGACAUCGACACCAACCCAAAACACGAUAGAUAGUACUACAGAAUCAAUAGCAGAAGUUCAAUUUGUUGCUUAUACUAUAUAGGUGGUUGUGGUUUAGCUAACUCGAUUGGUUAUGACGAACCCGAGAAAAGGAGAAAUUUGUGGUGUUAUUUAUACAUGGUUUCAAGUAAAUGAGGAAUUAGCUUCAAAGGAUUUCCAUGGUAUUCUGCAGAACCAAGUUUGCAAUGUUUUGUUUGGUGGUGGAUGAGAGUGCCCUGUGGGCAUUUAAGAAAGUUAAAACUUAUGUAGAUUUGCAUUA